GCAGCCCUGCUAUUUUGGCGCGUACGAAUUUGACAUUUCUCUCCCCUAUUUCUAUGUAUGAGAUUCGAUGCGGACUCACCUGAGGGCGACAUGCUCGCAAAAAAGGAUGUUGCCAAUUAUUUGUUCGGGAAAUGUGAGAGCUGGAUAUCUUGUUAAUAUGAUGUCUUUGAUAAUGCUCAAUCUAUAGUUUUGCGAAGUUCUGCGUUAUAUCUGGUACUAUCUCAAAAUUUGUGAAUAAUUUUUAGAUAUUUCUAAAGUUUGCACUAGAUAUUCUGCGAGCAGAUAGUGAAGAUGGCAGAACCGAAAAAAAGAAAUAAAAAAUCGAAAGAAGAAAUUGCACGAGAGUUUGAUCUUCCGGAGAGAAAAAGCAAAAUUGCUACAAUUCUGAAGCAGGAUGGUCAAGCAUAUUGCAUUUGUCGCUCAUCUGAUUCAUCUCGGUUUAUGAUUGCUUGUGAUGCUUGCGAGGAAUGGUACCAUGGCGAUUGUAUUAACGUUUCGGAAAAGGAAGCCAAACACAUCAAACAGUACUAUUGUCAACGUUGCAAGGAGGAGGAUCCUUCACUGCAGACAGUUUUUCGACUCGUUCCAGCUCAGAUACCAAUGCCAAACCCGGAUGACAAGAAAUCAAAAAAGACGAAAGAAAAAGGAAUCAGCAAGUCGGAAAAGCGUUGUGGGCAAUGUGAAGGAUGCAAAGCGAUAAAUUGUGGGAAUUGUGAUGCCUGUUUAGGAUAUCAAAACAAUGGCAGAAAACAGCGUUGCGAGAUGAGAAUCUGUACUAACAGUGUUAGUAGAAAGAAAGAUCGCGAAUCCAAAGCUGCUUCUAGGGCUAAAAAAAGGAAACGUUCAUUGACUCCAGAGCGCAUAUUAAAUCCUGCCUUAGAAGGAGAUCGACAGUGUUAUGGACCAGGCUGUAUUAUGACUGCACGGCCACAAUCUAAGUAUUGUUCAGAUCAUUGUGGCAUGAAGUUGGCUACCAGUAGAAUAUACCAAGUUCUUCCACAGCGCAUUCAGGAAUGGUCGCUCAGUCCAGCGAUAUGCGAGGAACAAAACAAGAAAGCUUUGGAGUCCAUUCGAACGAAGCAAACAAUUGUUCGAGCCACCUUGGCUGAGUUGGAUAAGCGACAUGCGGAACUGGACUUACUCGUUGAUCGUGCUAAAAGGUGUACACUGGAUCCAAACGCAUUGGACAGUAACGACGUAGAGGACGAAAUGUCUACGUACUGUAUAACCUGUGGUCACGAGAUUCACUCCAAAACGGCUAUUCGUCAUAUGGAGAAAUGUUUCAAUAAGUACGAAAGCCAGGCUAGUUUUGGUAGUAUAUUCAAAACACGAAUCGAAGGUAAUUCGAUGUUUUGUGAUUUCUACAAUCCGGCUAGUAAGACGUACUGCAAGCGGCUGCGGGUCCUAUGUCCGGAGCACUGUAAAGACCCUAAGGUGAGCGAUGCGGACGUUUGUGGAUGUCCACUGGUGAGGAAUGUCUUUCAACUGACGGGAGAGUUUUGUCGUGCGCCGAAGAAAUCUUGCUUCAAGCACUAUGUAUGGGAAAAGAUUCGCAGAGCAGAAAUUGACUUGGAACGGGUCCGGCAGUGGUUAAAGAUGGAUGAAUUGGUUGAACAAGAACGUCAAGUUCGUCAAGCGAUGGCCUCACGGGCAGGUGUUCUAGGAUUGAUGUUACACUCAACGUACAAUCACGAAAUUAUGGAAAAGCUGUGCAGUGGAAAGUUACAGUGAAAAGUGAUGUUUCUAUCUAAAAUCCCACUCACUUUAUCUGUCUUCAAGACAGUCUUGUUUAUUUCAGAUGUAACAUGGUGUUCACAAUAAAUAUUUCUCUUGCAAAAGUUUAAAACCUA